GGGUUUUAUCAGCGCUCUCACAUUGAGCUUUUCAGCCCUAAUGGGUCCAAGUGUUAGGUGAAUAUUCUGACCCUACGCGCGUUGACGCUACGGGGACGUUCUACGUCCGAAGAGGUUUAAACUGUAUCGGCCGCUCCAGAUAGCCGAGCCGCGACACCGGCAGUAUCGCGCGAGACCCCGGCCCGACCGGUCACGCCAUGCGGCGACCCCACGCGCGCACAAACUCGCUACCGAUCCAAUAAAAUAGCUGGGUGGUCGGUGAGAAAUGUUACUAGUAUCCAUUACUUCCCCGUGCGAUUUCGUUUUGCCAAUGCAGUGUUAGAUACUAACCACAAGUGAACCCGAUCUCGGUAACAGUACGAAAGUAUCGAUGUUAGGAAACACCGCGGUUUGGAAGAAUACCUAGUGUGUGGACAUUCGAAAGUGUACGGUUACUGCUGACCCUACCGGACUAUUGAUACAGAUCGUGUGAACGGCCGCAAGCUGGCACGUUUGCGGUGGCGAGUAAACCGAGACACCGAAAGUAUCACAAUACUGCGACCACGUUACUAAAUAUGACUGCAUUCACAUGUCACAACCGAAAUCGAAAGCGCACAAGAGAUUGCAGUUAAUUUGAAAGUAUCAGGCCCCACGUUGGGCGCCAAAAAAAACCCUACACAAGGGAGGAUUGUAUUGGAACUGCGUGCGGGUUAUGAGUGGUCGUGAGCAGUGACGGCGCCCGGGCGGCGGCCAUGGGCGCGGCGCGCGAUGCGCCCGCGCACGCUGCGGCUGCUCCUGGCGGCGCUGGCGCUGGCCACGUGCGCCGCGGCCCCCGCGCCGGAGCGCGCGCAGCGCUCGGCGAACCUCAGCCACAUCACCGGGACCUCGAGGAACAUACAGAUGUUCCUGAAGAAUCGAUAUCUGCAGCUGCUGCCGGAUGGCACUGUCAACGGCACCACAGACGUCAACAGCGUUCACACAAUACUACAACGCGCCACCUACAAGGUUGGCCUCCUGACGAUCCAGGGGGUCGCCACCUGUCUCUACCUCUGCAUGGACGCCUGCGGGUACCAUUACGCACAUAAGGAUCUCUCGGACGACUGCAUGUUCGAGGAAAACAUAGAGGAGAACAACUACAACACGUACUCGAGGAUACGGGGCGGGAAGAAGACCUACCUAGCGUUAGGGAACAACGGCAAGUCGAGGCGGACGCAGAUCGCGCUCAACCGGCCGCUCGGCAACCUCUCGGUGUACGCGCUCACGCUCACCAGGCGGUGGGAGGGCCCCAAGCAGACCCAGUGCCCUGUCCGGCGGCACCGCGGCAAGCUCAAGAGACCCCCACCCUUCCGGACCGAGCAGCGAUGUCAAAUCAGAGUCCAAAAACAGUUGCAAAGACAAAAACGGAAGCACAAAAAAGUGGUCCACCCCAAAAAGAAACACCGACAUCCGAAGACGCGGAGAAAAUACGACGGCACGACGUCGACGACGACGACGGAGAGCUACGACGAGUCGACGAUGUCAACGAUGUCCACGACGACCGAUAUGGAAUUUUUUCGGUCACAGACCGCGCAGUAGGCGGUCGUCCGAGCGUGAGCUCGCUUCUCGCGGUGGGGGCAGCCGUCGCGAUCGCACGCUAGCACGGUUCCACGCCCGCCUGAGGGUAGCGCCAACGACAACGCAGUACCAAAACCAAUGCGUCCCACCCAACAUCACAUACUCUCAGGCAGAUCUCUGCUUCAGAUGCCAUCCGAAUUUCAUUAUAGUUAGUCUCCAGGACCAUUCCGGUUCCUUAUAAUGUGACUCGUUGUCACAAAAAGGUGAAGCAAUCAUUAUAAACCGUUGAAUGAUCACUCAGUACGGAGCUGAUAUGUCGUUGGUUUUGGUGGUGCGUAUGCCACGGUUUUUCACCCUAUCUGUAUCAUUCCUUCUCAGGCACGCACCUUCACUGUGGCGCAAAAACGAGAUUCAACGUCUAAUGUUAAGGAAUGCUCAUUAAUCGUCACUUUUGGACGUUUUUUGCUGUGGUUGACGGUGCCGCUGCCUCUCCGUAAGAGAAUCUCUUCGGACAGCUAGUGAUUGGAGACAAGUAUGCUCUCUUAGAUAAAUUAUCCCGCUUUGGAAAUCUUUGAAUUAUACUAAAAAUUUAAUACCAGUUACUCGUUGUUUAGGUAGCCGUUUUACGAUUCUUACUUUCUUUAGUGUAAUGUAACUUAAAUACUCAAUUAGGAGUCGUAUGAACGGCCAGGAUGUUGAACUUUAAUAAGAUGUUUACCAAAGCUACUGAAAUUAUCUAUCUCAAUUUAUAUUCCUAGUUCGCUUUAACACUUAGGUUUAUCGGCAAGAUUCCAAUUGUGUUAGUUACUGUUAUCGUGAAAUUAUUAAUGUAUCGUAAUUUAAUUUGACAAUGUGUUGAAACCUAUAUCGAUGGAGUCGGGCUUGGAACCGUGCUGAAGGGUUAGUGGCUUUCGCUGGUGGUGUUUAUUUGAUUAACACUAAGUAUUAUUAGACCAAGUACCUACAUCUUAAAAGAAUAUUCGGAAACUUUAGCUCUAGUUUUAUCCACUGUGUAUAACUUUCGAAUAUAACAACUCCAAUCGGUCGCUUUAGUUUAUCAUGAUCUAGUGCCCUCUAAAUUAUACCUUUUAAAAUCCCGCUAAGUAUUGAUCGGGCUCUAUAAACCUUAUAAGCUAAAUGGACGAUACCGAAUGACCCUCUGUUCAGUCGUAAACGAUCACCAAUUUAAUCGAACAGCUAUACAAGCUAAUGGUGUUUAUGAGAAUUGUAUGUAGCGAGUAUUUUCCGCCGGAAAAACCAAAUUUGUCGAGCUACAUCUUCCCUGACUUUAAGAUUUCUAUUUAAUUAAGCCGAAGAGAUUGUUUAAUGGACCCCAUAGUGUCCGUUACAUACGAAAACACACAUAUCGUGGAUCUUAAACGCUCGUAAUCGGCCAGUUUACAAAGUGCUUUCGAAAACCGUAUUCAAAUUAAGUAAUUAUCAUUUUAAUUCCGAAUCGUCUAAGAACACGCUUUUAACAGAAAUUAGUGGUUUUUUAACGCGAGUUUUUAAUAAAUUUGCAUGUUUGUAAAGAUAAACUUUUAUGGGCGUAGUGGUUAAAACGCCGCCUGUCAAUAUUUUAUUUGUAGUUGACUUUUG